UACUGGCCCUGCCACACUAACUGAGACCAUUUGAUGGCAAAGGAAACUCUCUUAACAGAAAACUCUAAAACCUUAUGAAUUCAUGUGCUCUUUGGAGCAUCUGUGGAGCAUCUGUGGAGUGUAUGAGUUAUGUUUGGUUUGGGGAAAGAAGACUUCUUGUGCCAGAAGCCGGGUUUGGAGCACACAGAUAGGAGUUGCAGGGGAAGUGUGGGGUUCAGAGUGCUGGUGGUAAACGGGAGGAUCAGUAUAUGUGCUGCCGAAGCGAGCACUAAACGGGAGGAUCAGACCCAGAGUACAGACCAAGGGCCUUGUGGCACUUUGAGUCAUCACGCAGUCUCCUAGUGAGGUGGGCCUCUUGCACUUGUGUGAGACCAAAGAGGGAUCCAGUACUACCUUGAGAUGGGGAAAAUAAUGUACGCAGCUCAGCUGGUUGUGUCUCUGGGGACAUGUGGCACCCUGUACCAUGCCCAUUAUUAAUUCAUUCUCCACACUUCACCGGCUGUAAGUGGAAGAGGAAGAGGGUCAGUCAUUUCAGAAGGAGAUAGGGCCAACGGCCUGAUGAAAUCAAGACCUCCUAACCCAAGGGGACCAGAGGCACCCUGUGAGCCAGUGCCAGCCCAUGGUGUGCUGGAAAAAGUUGAUGAAGAUGUUGAGGACAGCUCUGGCCACAGGCGGUGACGCUCCCUGGAUAUGGGGUAAUCCAGCGCCACUGGUGUCAUCUCAGGAAAUUAGAGACAGGAAAUAGAGCCCAGAGCCUAGGGAGAUGUACUAAGAGGUGCGAGGGCUGAGAGGAGAAACGCACAAAGUGAUGGUGGGUGCUUUGUUUUUGAACUUCUACCUUGCUGUCAACGAGGCUGGCCCUGUGUUUUGCCCACAGAGCCACUUUCUGUGGAGGGGGGUACCUAUGUGGCCAUGGGGCUGAGAGGGGAGGGUUUGGUUAGGCAGCCGCUGAAUGAGAGACAGUGCAGGGGAGCAGCAAACCUCACCCCACUGCCCCCGCCCUGCCCCUGCCCUAGCAAUUCCAUAGGAGCAAAGACUGAGCGGGUGCUUUGAGAAAAAUAGAUCUCAAUCACCACGCAGGGGCGAACUUUGAUCAAAUGUGAUCAGGUGCCUGGAGGGCAGACUAUCAGACUGCUUCCUGGAUAGUGGGGAGGGAUGGCGCAGCUUCUUGGAGACACUGUCUUCAUCGGCCUGAAUAAAGGCUUUGAUCUGAGAAGAGAUUGCAAUCAAGCAAUAUCUAGUCUCAACAUGUCUCUCCACUCCAGUGGUUCUCACCCCGGGCUGUACAUCUGAACAAUCAAUCACCUGGGGAGUUUGAGCAAAUGCUUCUACUUGGGCCCUAUUCCCAGAGUAUUAAGUGUUCUGAGGUGGGGUCUAGUUAUUAGAGUUUGAAAAGCUGCCCAGUUUAUUUCGAUAUGUAGCCAGGGUUGAAAACCAUGGCUCUCGGCCACCUAAGACUCACAGGUGACCCCGGGUGGACCUCUGAAAGCUAGCAUGUGUGCUUUGGAGCUGCGGGUGCCCGGGGCCAAGUUGGGAGGGAUGGGGAAGAAGGGUCGCCUGCCUGGAUGCUAUUCAUGCUCAUCGCUACUCCCAUCAUCCCUUCUCUCAACCUCAGGCCAGUUUCUGCCAUACUGUAAACAGAAACCAGGAUGCACCCAAGUGUCUUUAUUUUGGCUACAGGGCAGCAGUUUGAUAAACAUGCAAGUUUGCGACACUCGUUGUUUAACACAGAGACAGCCGUGAACCCCAAGUCCACCCUGAGGCGGAGGCGGACCAUUAUUGGAUUCUCUAACUAUUCCCAGCGAGACCAAGGUCACAGCAACAGCCCCACAGGCAGUGUGGCCUGCUCUACCACCUCAGACAUCAAGCCCAGCCAUUCAGUUCCGGGAGGUGUUCACGGAAGAGUUGCCAUCAGUCAGGAAGCUCAGUUACCAAAUCUCACCUCGCCAGUACUGAGAAAUCCUUCUAGUGAUCCGGAAGAACCUCUCCAGGCACGUGGUGGCACAAAAGUCCCUGGCAUGGAGAGCAUGGGCAUGGUGUACAGUGUCCCCAGUUCUUGCAAUGGACCAACAGAAUCAACGUUCUCCCCUUCCUGGAAGGGAGAUGCUUUUACCUACGUGACUCCAAGUGCCACUGCUCAGAGCAGUCAAGACAAUGAAAAUGGAAAAAGUCCUUCCUCUGGGAAUUCUUGGAUCUCUCUGCACACAUUGCCACCUCUGGUUCCUAAGGAGGCUGCUACCUUCUUUGUCACUCGUGAUACCCCAGCAGGAUGCAGUGGGUCUGCUGGCUACUCUGAGCAUUCUACUCAACGAAGGCACGUAUCAGAACGACCCUCCAAGACUGGCCUCCUGACUGGUGAUACCUCAAGGCUGGAGACAGGCCCAGGUGGGGCCAGCAGGUUCCGGGAGCGGUCACUGUCUGUACCCACAGACACAGGCACCACGGAUGUGGACUAUGACGAGGAGCAGAAGGCCAGUGAAGCCUGUGCCCUGCCUUAUGCCAGUACAAGUUCUGAGGGCAGUAACAGUGCCGACAACAUUGCCUCCCUUAGCGCCCAACAGGAGGCCCAGCAAAGAAGGCAGAGGUCCAAGAGCAUCUCACUCAAGAAGGCCAAGAAGAAGCCUUCCCCACCGACUCGCAGUGUCUCACUGGUCAAAGAUGAACCAGUCCUCUUGCCAGACGGUGGGUCAGCGCUACCCAAGGACCAGAGGCCCAGGAGCCUUUGCCUCUCCUUGGAACACCAAGGACAUCACUCAUCCCACCCAGAUACUCAGGGUCACCCAGCUGUGCCAACCUUCAAAGACCCAGAAGGUACACAAUUCGCCCACCACUGGUAUCUUACUGACUGGAAGUCUGGUGACACCUACCAAUCCUUGUCCAGCUCCAGCACUGCCACUGGCACCACAGUCAUUGAGUGCACCCAAGUUCAGGGCAGCUCAGAGUCUCUUGCCUCCCCUUCCACCUCCAGAGCCACAACGCCUUCCCAGCUUUCCAUCGAGGUGGAGGCCAGGGAGGUAUCCUCCCCAGGAAGGCCCACUGGGCUGAUGUCACCCUCCAGUGGAUACUCCAGCCAGUCAGAGACACCAACACCCACUGUCUCCAUGUCCUUGACCCUGGGCCACUUGCCCCCUCCAAGUGGCAGUGUCCGGGUGCGUCCAGUGGUACCUGAGAGGAAGUCAUCACUACCCCCAACAUCACCAGUGGAGAAAAUGUCCAAGUCACGGCUAUCGUUUGACCUACCGUUGACCUCUUCAACCAACCUGGACCUGUCUGGGAUGAGUAUCUCCAUCCGAAGCAAAACCAAGGUGAGCCGGCAUCACUCGGAUACAAAUUUUGGGGCCAAGCUGGCCCAGAAAACUAGCCCCAACCAGCCAAUCAUGCCCAUGGUUACUCAGUCUGACUUACGUUCUGUUCGCCUGAGGUCAGUCAGCAAGUCUGAACCGGAAGAUGAUAUUGAGAGCCCUGACUAUGCUGAGGAGUCAGGAGCUGAAGUCUUCACCUUGCCAGAGAGAAAGGCAAAACCUCCCAUAGCCGAGAAGCCCCCACUGGCCCGAAGGCCUCCAAGCUUGGUCCACAAGCCACCGUCUGUCCCCGAGGAGUACCCACUAACUUCGCCUACCUUGGCUAUGACCCCCAAGACCUCAAUUCAACAUAUGAGGCCACUCCCUCAAGAUAUAUACACGGUGGUGCAGAAACCAAAGUCCUCCAGCUUCCCUGAGGGCAGAACCCUGGGGGAGUCAACAGCACCCUCAUCUCUUGUUUUCACGCCUUUUUCCAGUUCCUCUGGUGCUUUCUUCUCAGGAACACAGCAACCUCCCCAGGGAAGUACGGAGUAUGAGGGCCCCAAGGGGAGAGCCCUACCUGAAAGAAUUAGCCUCCAGAGCCAAGAAGAAGCUGAGAAAAAGAAAGGCAAGAUUCCACCUCCUGUACCAAAAAAGCCCAGCGUGCUGUACCUGCCUCUCACCUCACCUGCAACUCAAAUGGAGGCCUACACGGCUGAACCAAGGCUGCCUCUCAGCCCCAUCAUCACCCUGGAGGAAGAUGCCAAGUGUCUACCAACUAGCGACCACCUGCCAUCGGCGGGUACAAGGACAACCUCCACGCCACAGGCUGACAGUGAAAGGGAGGCAAGCCCUCUGGGGAGCUCGAUGGAACCAAGAACCGAAGAAAAAAGUGUAAUCAGUGAUAAAACAGCCGAAUGGAUUGCGGAAGAUGAUGAUGAUGUGUUUGUGGCUUCACGAACAACUGAAGAUUUAUUUACUGUGAUCCACAGGUCCAAAAGAAAGCUGCUUGGCUGGAAGGAGCCUGGUGAGGCCUUUGCUGGUGGCAGCAGACCAACCUCCCACUCACCAAUAAGGAACACGGCUGAGUCUCCUAUCAGUGAGUUGGCUGCCUCUGCAGGGUCAAGCGGCAGUGCCAGCCUAGAUGCUGGCAGAAAUGAUGAUUUCAAGGCCUUGCUACAGAAGAAGGGAAGCAAGGCAACUCCAAGGUCCCGCCCCUCAGCAGCAGAACUGCUGAAGACCACUAACCCACUGGCUCGGCGAAUUAUUGCACAAUUUUCAAAAGACUACGAAACCCCUGACAACCCCAGUACCUAAGCCCUGGGUUCAGCAAGCAAGGUUGAGUUACUAAGCUUGAGUAGAAAAGGGGGAAGAGAAAAAGGGUUUUAAAAAGGAACCAUGGAAAUAACAAAAGAGCCUGCAUUUCUUUUACAUUAACUCACACUCUGGACAACAGGAGAGAGGCCACAUCCAGAACUAAAAUCAUCAGGCACUUUAAUCAUCUUCAGACAUUUUAUGUUCUCAUACUUACAAUCUUGCCAUUACUAACUACCGAUUUUCUCCUUAUUUCCCCCAAGUGGUAUGCACUCAGAAGAAAUUCUCAGAUGCAAGGGCACAUAUGCCAUCUUUUAAAUCAAUGACCAGGCUGCUCCAUCCCUGGCUCCUAUCACUGAGGGGCACAGUGAGAGAGCAGAUUGGGGGCUGCCAAACCCAGGGGACACAGGGUGCCAUUGCUGAUUAUUCACUUUCCCAGCAAGGCCCUGAUGGCCCUGCAUGGAGAAACAGAAGGACCCUGAUGCCUCUUCAGCCACAGUAUAAUUCUCCGCCACAAGAGGUUUGCAGGUGUGCACUUGUUUCGGCAUGAGGUUGAUUGGAUGGCUUUUGUCGUGCAAAAUAUGAAUGUGACUCUGUCCUGAACUUCACACCUUUUUCAGUUUGAUUGUCUACACGGAGAUCAGGGUGAUGAGUUUUAGUAAACAUAUAGACCCCCCCCUCCCCACCCCCCUUUGCUAGAAAAGGUCAGGACUGGGUUGCUUUGGAUGAACCAAGCUUGGCCAACAAACAAGGCAGCCGUUUGUUCACUCAGAUCUAUCCAAGGUAACUCACACGUGCGCCUUGAGAUCCUUCAAAUGUCUGCCAACAACGGUAGCUAGUGUCUGUGCCCAGCUCAUGCUGCAUUCGAAGAACUCUCGCUUCAUUUGCUUAUAGUAUUCAUUACAGGAAGUCUUUAGCUGAAGGAACAGCAUCCUCAAAGUCCCAAGGAGGAGAGAAAGUAAGUGUAACUUGCCCACCACCAUUCACUUCAGAUUGUGGUUUGUGGUUGGUUUGGUCUUGUUUAAAGGAAAUCUUCCUCUGUUUCCAAACCGAGAACGUAUAGACUAAAAGGAUAGAUCCAAAAUCUGAAAGGCAGCCUUGCAAGUUGCUAUGGCCCAUAACCCAAAAAAAGGGCUACUUUUUGCCAUUUACUUUCUGCUGUUUGACCAAUUUUCAAUUAACCUUCUGGGGGAGAAUGUAAGGACUGGGGUAAAUGGGAUACUGGAUGCUGACAGAGUCCCAGGACAGUCAUUGUGACCCCUUCUCCCCACCCCCUGCCAAAGCUUAUAGACACUAACUUUCCUUGUCAGUUCAAUUUUCUAAGCAAAGCAAGAGCUGUGAUUCAUUUGAUUUUCAUAUGUCUGGUUUCUGGGAGGUUGGGGGGGGAAAAAUAGCACUGAACAAAGAAAACUGGUUGACUAAUAAUGGAGGAUUAAUUGUCCACCAUUCCCAAGAGGGAAAAAGGAAAGUCAAAUGAAAUUGUAGCCUGCUUCACAAAGAGAGUCCCCUGACCUCUUCCUCCUUCACCCCCCACCCAACAGAUUCAUUGGUCAACCUCUUGGAGGAUGUGGAAACUGCUCCCAGAGACAAGCAGAUCUUGAUUUUGGCAGGUCUCAGUAAGAAGCAAGCUCUUUAGCCCAACUGCCCACACAGCGGAAGAGCAGCUGGAAAACCACACUGAGUGCUGAGGGGACUUGGGCCUCUCACAUAGAACCCCUAGGCCUGGGCCCUUGGUCGCUACAGUUCUGAAUUCUAGACUUCUGAGUACAGGUCAGGCCCAGCGCCUCCCCCUGAUUUAGACAGAAGCCACCUCAAAUAAUAGACAGUUCUUGAAAGCCCAGUUGCUUUUGAAAGUGAACCAACUAUUUAGUUCAAGGGUCCUGACCAAAUUUCAGAGGUUUUGCCUGAAAUAAAAUAAGAUUCAUUCCUGGCCUUAAUUUAUAUAUGAAUGCCACACACUUGUCUGCCCUGGACUCAGAAUCCCAAAGGAUGGAAACAUUUUCCUCUGUGGGGAAAUGAAGGAGUGUUUGUGCUUUGGCCUAACAAAAGUGAAAGGCUGCCGGGGCCCUCUACUCCAGAACCAUUAUGAGCUCUGAAGCAGAGUAUGAGACUCACACAGUAUAGGACUUGUUACUUCCGCUAACUUUUCUGGAAGCUUCUUGUUUGGUACUUCUAGUGGGUUUUGCCUCUCCCCUCACCUUGCCACCUCUGGUGGUUUUCCAGAAAGAUUCUAAAGCUGAAUAUCCAGACACCUUGACAUCUUUCAAUUACCUUGAGUCUUGCUUUCCCCUGCAAUACUCCGUAUGCCUGGAAUUUUUUAGAAGGUCUUCUGCAUCUUCACUAUGGCCCUCCAAUGCCCAGUGGUGUUGCCAUUAGCAUAAGAGGAUUCGGGGCAGAGAUGAUGUGGUCAGAGGUAACACUGAGGACUGGUAAUAUUCAUUUAAUAUUUUGCAACAGGUGGACCUAGUCCCAAACAAACAACCAAAUUGUAGAAUUUCUACCAAUCUCUGAUUAACAUAAUACCAGACAACUCUCCUAGUCCUCACACUCAACAUCUCGCCUCCCCUUGGGUAUCACAGCACCAACUCUGUCUUCCACCCAGGCACAAGCCACAGUGUCUGCUGCCUCGUGCACCUACUCUGCCAAGGCUGGAGAAGAGAGGCUGAGAGCCCCUUCCAGGAGGCCUUUCAGAGAAGUGACUGUUGCCGCUAUUACUAGUGUGAAGAGUGAUUACAAUUUUUGAAGGUGGAAUACAGAAGGGAUACAGGUGAAAUGAAGUUGGCCCCAGGAAGUCAGGUUCCAAUUCAAGUUGUUUCUGUCCCUUUGUUUCCUCUGAUUCUAACCAAUAGCAGCAGGUGGCUCUACUGGACUGACUUCUGCCUAGGCAGGAGUAGAUGCAGUCGUCCCCAGGGGAGGAGGUUAAUCGGUAGCUAAGAGCACUUUGCCCUUGGUGGGUGUUCAUUAUGUAUUUGUGGUUCAAACAUUGAGGGUAGGGAGCAAGUCGUUCUCAGCACAACAGGAAGCUUCGCUGCUGUCUCCUGUCCUUUGCCUGUCUCAGUCUCUCACCUGGGCCUCCCACAUGGCCCCAACUUGCCCCUCAGUCCCUAUUUCUUUGAACUGCAUCCCUAGCCGACAGCUCACCCUUUAAGGACGCAAGACCGCAGGCAGCAAAAUAGCUUGCAUUAGCUUACUGACCACAGAUCGACCAGUUGAUCUGGAAUCAUUACUUUGAAUGUUCAGAGACAGAGGAGAGUCUGCAAGGCUCUCACAACAAGCACGUCACCGGACACCCAUUUUAACUCUCCGACAACGUGGGUCAGAUUGUGAUCCCGCUGGACCCAUCAGUCUGAGCAGAUAUGUCCACGCCACCUGCCCUCUUCCUCAUCAACAAACUACUUAUUAAAAAAACAAGUUCACAGUCAGUGCUCUGUUCCUCCAGAGAACCUUCCAUUAUCAUCAAGUCUGUAACACAAUGGCCAGGCUUCACUUUAAUAUGAUUUGCCAGGGCCAGGACUAGAGUGGGGUGAGUGAGGUGCCUGGGGUGCAAAAUUUAAGGAGGCACCCACUCUCGGGGCCAUGUUAGUGCCUUACCCUCGUCCCGGCCUUGCGAUUUGCACUCUAUAAAGUAAUAUUGGUUUAUCUUCUUUCUAUGGACGUGUAUGGUUCUUCCGAUUUCGGGGGGUAACUCCCCAUCUGUUGCACCAAAUGUUUUAUUGCCAUCUAUUUUUCCAUUGCUCUAAACCUUUGUAUGCCUACACAUCAAAGACUCUUCAAUAUUAUCAGAAAACAUGGCCGAUUUCUAAGUAACCUACUCCAAGUGGCAAGUUAGCACCCAUUUCAAUAGGGAUGCUGACAGGGACAGCCCUUCAGCAAAAUAGUGAAUGAGUUGGAGGUCUGUCAUUGGGAUCCUCCGUCUCCUCUGUCUGCUCCAUUCCCCCCGACCUUGCUUCUUAGCACCAACUCUGAGUGCGUCCUCGUUUGUCCUCCUCCUUGCUAAGGAAAGCAUGCUCUCAGGAAAGGGAUAAAUUCCUUUACUUUGAGAUUAUAAGGCUUAAUAAUACCUCUUUGGAGGGUCACUUGCAUUUUAACAGGGAAAAAGCCUUAAGCCAAAGGAAUGACGUUCUACUUGUAGAAUUUUAGGCAUCAAUCAGUUGCAGACGUGUAUUUUUCACCAUGGAAAGGUCAAAUUCCCUGAUGACUAACUCCCGAAUAUAGAAAAAACCUUAAUCUCCUGGAACUAAGUAAAUUGCUGAUGGUCGAUUAAAUUCUCCUGAUUCUCAGUGCUGUUCAGUAUGGUUACUACCAAGGGACUCUCAGAAAUGGCUACUAAAGCCACUGAGAAGGCCCAGAUAAUUAUUAUACCUUAACAUUUUUACACAAAUGGAAUUAAUACUACUUAUUAUUUGAGUAAAGAACACAAGGAUUUAAAGAGUUUGUGAAAAUGUGUCCUGUCUAUGAAAGGUGAAACUGUCCAAUCAGUGUCAGAUCAAUGUCAGCUGUCUGGUAUCUCUGGUACCAGAUUAUUAAACUUCCUCGAGGCGCAAAUUUACUGCAUGCAGCCUCGGCUGCCCCCCAACGCUUAUCUGUGUUUCGUGCUACUACUUCCCCUUGGUGUGAGAAUGAGACCAGAUCUAUUCCAGAGCACCCAGUCCCUCCAAAGCCUUUGCGUGUAUUUCAGCUGUACUUGACUAAACUAUUUGGGAUUUAAACGGAUGCCUAGGAAAGAGGUACAAAAGAGCUACAUUUGUCAAAGGGCAGCAAAAAUGAUGAGGAUUUUAACAAGGAUAUGAAAUAAACAAAUUUUUGAAUACUCUGAAAUAUUUGUAGAGGAAUACAGUAGGAAAUGGUUAUAGGCACACAUUUAAGGCACUUUUAAUAAGUUUAACAAAACAAGAAAUUUGCAUAAGUAAUGGGUUAUGUGAAAUAGGUAUCUACUUUUGCUCAGUAAAGCCCAAAACCUAGGCCAGUGGUUCUCAAAGCGUGGUCCCAGGAUCAGCAGCAGCAUCCCUAUAGUGUGUGUGUGUGUGUGUGUGUGUGUGUGUGUGUGUGUGUUCCAGUGACGUUACUUCUUCAAGCCCCCGAGUCACUGUAGCCACGACUCUCCAAACGAUUCCAGCCUUUCCCAUCUUUUCUACUCUCAUUACAUUAUGUGAUCAGUCUCUGGCCAUGUGAUUUAUAUUGUCAUGUUGCUCGGAUACAUUUUUAUUUGCUGUUAAGAAAUUAUCAGAAUCAAUUACUUGCUCAACCUGCAAAACCUUUGAUUUGACUUAGCCAGCACAUCUGGCCAGUUUUUGGUUUAAAAACAAUUUUGUAAUUCACAAAUAGGAAAGAGGAAAAUGUGUUACAUUCAUUUGGUAUUGCCAACCCUUAAAUGUCUGUCUUUCCUGUGGUGGCUGUUGUCUAGGAGGGCUCUGGCAGAAAUAGAUUUGAUUUUAAGAUUUUGCAUAUUUGUGGAAUUUGAUAUCAACAAAUCUGUAAACAAAAUCCGAACUGGAACAACCAGUUAACUCCUCUCUAAUUCCAAGCUUUAUGCAAAUGUAUUCCUUAUGUGGUGUUGAGCUCUUUUUAAUGUUCAAUUUUACAAAAUGUUCUGCAUGCAAACGCAGCAUCGUGCUCAUUGUACAAGUCACCUGACACUCAUCUCCUCCUCCAUAUGUGUGAUGGUGAAGAAACAGCAACAUGUAUGUUCUUACCUCUCCUGAAUCAAUUGUAAAUUACAAAUCUUUUCAUUAAUUUUUAAAUGAGAUAUAUUUACUCUG